AUGUUUUCCAAAAAAUUAUUUAAAAGCUUUAAAAAAAAUAGUUCAUUAAUCUUCUUCUUCAUAACAUUAAUCUAUUUUUUUUACACAUAUGUCUCCUUGUUUUUGUUUGUAUUCAAAAACGCCUUAUUUUGUCUAUUUCUGAGUAUAUCAGUGUUUUACAUAUGUUUUCACUUUAUCGUAAGAGCUUUAACCUACCCGGGAAGUUUAUUUAUAUACUUCCAUAAGACGAAUUAUGAUAAUAGAAUAGAACUAUGUAAAUUUUAUAUGAAAGAGUCUCUGAAACUGUCCCUUAUAAUAAGUGACAUUCGAGCAAAUGUUAAGGAAAUAAUUCAGAAAGAAAAUAAAACAAAUAUUAAUCAAAAAAUUAAGUUAGAAGAGUUGUUUUCAGAUUAUAACAAUAAGGAUAAAUAUUUCAACUUUUUCAGUAGUUUAUAUAUAUUUUAUACAUUAUAUAUUAGUUAUUAUCUAUAUGUUAAUUUGGAAGAACAAACAGAUUUUAGUGAUGAACAAUUAAAUUUUUAUUAUUAUUUAAAGUUUUUUAUGAUCAAAAUAAAUGAAAUAAAAAUAUAUAUUAAUAAGGAUGAUAUAAUAUACCCAGAUACAUUUACGGAAAUAAGAAUACACAAGGAUUUCAAUGAGCUAGUAAAUGAAUUCAUAAUAAAUAGAAACCCUUCAUACGGAAAAACGUGGGAAGAUAACAUAAAAAAGGAUUGUAACUCAAAUUCACCAUUUCCAAAAUGGAUAUUCGGUCUUCAAAAGUAUCUAUUUAAUAAGAACAGAAAUGGGUCUAACGUUGAGGAGGAAACAACGGCAUUUCUAGCCGAAAAGAGGGACGAUGAAGAAAAUAAUGACAAUGAUAAUAACAAUAGUAAUAAUAAUAAUUUCAUAGGAAGCAAAUCAUACAGUUGUAUACCUCACAGCAGUCACUACAAAGAAAAGGAAGACCUUAGUAGUUGCCGUGAAGAUAAAAAACAGAAUAAAUCUAUUAACGAUAUAAAAAGUAAAGAUCACAAUACGAAAUUUAAUUACGAUAUUGUUAAUAACAUCCCUUCUAAUUACGUUGACGUAAAUAUUUUAAGUUUAUUUUAUCAUGAAAAUUAUGAAAAGUCUGUAACUCAUGUUAAUUAUAAAAAAUUUUUUAUGGUUAUGAACUGCCAUCAAUUUUUGAAACUAUUAGAUGAUCUGAUGUUCUUUCUGAAUAAAUUAGGUGAUCUUUUUAAAAUUAAUACUUUAAAAGAAAAAAUGGAAAUAACUAAAUUUUUACGUUUUAUUAAUAAUUUUACAAAAAAUCACAUAGCAGGAACAAUGGAUUUAUUUAAAUAUGAAUUAAUAUAUAAAUAUUACGGAAAGCAACAGUAUUUAUAUGUUAAUAAGGCGAAAAUAGAUUGUAUGUUUAUACCAUGUAAGAAAUUUUUGCAUGAUAAAAUGCAGAAAUAUAUGGAUUUAAAAAAAUCUGGAAAAAAGUGUAUAUUUAGUAAUGAGAAUACCUCAAAAAAUAGUAGUGUCUUUUUGAAUGCUUUUAAUAAUGAAUUUUAUAAUUAUAUGUAUGAUAAUGAAUAUUUAUACGAUAUACCAGUAGUAUUAUAUUUUAACCCAAAUGGGGCAUAUUAUGAAUUAAAUGCUUGUUAUUCUGGAACUCUUAAUUUUUAUUUAGUAAAUAAUAUUAAUGUUUUCGUAUAUAAUUAUCGAGGGUAUAGUAAAUCAAGUGGAUAUCCAAAUCUUAAUAAGAAUAAUUUAGAUGCUUUAAAAAUUGCUGAAUUUCUUUUAUCAAAAAAAGUAAAACAUUUAGGGUUACAUGGAACAUCCAUAGGGGGUCCCUUAUGCUCAUAUGUGUCUUAUCAUUUAUGUAAUUUUAAUAAAACAAAAAAUAAUACAGAAUUCAUGGAUAAAUUGUUUAAGAACGAAAAUCACAUAAAAAUAACAUACAAACAAAUAAAUAAAACAGUAAGAUUAAUGAGUAGAAAAAAAGAUAAAAUUUUAAAUAUUUUGUUAAUACCUGUCAAGUAUGUUAUAUUGUUGUUACAGUUUAUUAUAUUAUUUAAAUUAAAAAUAUAUAAUUUCAGGAUGAAAAAAAAAAUUAACUCAUAUAAUGCUCAAAGGAGAGAACUACGAAACAGUAAUGAUCAUUUAGAAAAACCAUGGAUAUCCUUUGUAUGUAUUGAUAAAUCCUUUUACAAUAUUGAGGAAGUAGCAAAAUAUAUGGUAGGGGAAUAUGCUUACAACGUUUUACAGUUUACAUCUUAUAAAUUGGAUAUAACAAAAUAUUAUAUGAAUUCGAACGUACCUAAAAUUGUAAUUUAUGAUAAUGAGGACGAAAUAAUUCAUUAUAUGUCAAUGGUAAUUACAGGAGUGUCCAAGGAAAUAUCAAAAUUAUAUAAAAAUAGUAAACUUUAUAUGAAUUUACAAAAGGGAGAAUUUAACAGUGGUGAGCACAAUAAAUGGAGUGAUGAAAAUAUGGAUGAUUUGUAUCCCCUAGUAAUGAAUAAUGACAAAUGUUAUAAAGAUAAUACUAUGAAAAAGUGGAAUAUAGUGGUUAAGUUGUUACGCGAUAAUAUAACUGAUAAAGGGAGUGAUUAUGAUUAUACGUGUGACGAGAUGAGCAGUGAAAAUAAAAAAAGUGUAGUUAUUUCAAAAGAAAAACCUAUUUUUAUUGAUACUUUAAUUAUAGAUGAAUAUAUAGACAGCUCAUGGUUUGAUAAUAAAUUAAAUAAUAUCGAUUUUAGAUUAUUUUUGCAAAGUUGGAAAGUAUUAAAUGAUUGCAUUUUAUUUCUUAAUAAAUCGUCUACAACAAAUAAUUCAUUUAUUUCAAUAGGCUUAGAAACGUACAAAUCUAUCAUGUCCUUAUACAAUUCUAAGGAAAAUGAAUUAGAAAAAGAGACUCAUAAUGCAAUCUAUUGUAUUUAUAAUGAUAAUAUGAGUUUUAUGAAUAAUUUUAAAAAGGCAAAUUCUAAUUAUGAUGACUUUAUAAUGAUAGGAUGUACUAACAGUGAUGAAGUUUUUAAAAAAGCAAAUAUAUAUGAUAUGUUAAAAGAGAAUGAAGAAUUUAAACUUGAAAUGGAAAAGUUAAAUAAAGUGUUAAGAGAUAUAUAUAUGUCUAAAAGAAAAGAAGUACAAAAAGUUCAUUUUACGUAUAGUGGAUUUUUCUUAAAAGAUGAUUAUUUAUACGAUUAUAUAAAUACAGAGAGCAGGAAUAAUAAAGAUCAGCCUGCUUUUAACAUAGAAGAUAUAGACAUAAUAAAUUUUCUAAAUCAAUUUAGUGAUUCUAUAAGUAAAAUGGUGAAUGCAUUGAAUUAUAAUUUGAAUGCAUGUGGACAACUGUUUAAAGAAUUGAAUAAAAUUCCUGAAAACGAGAAAGUGAGUUUUUUAAAGUCAUUUAUAUCCCGAAUGAAGGUUUUCGGUUCUUACCCAUCUCAAUGUUUUGUUUCAUCAAAUAAGAAGGAAUUUUGUAAUUCGUUUUAUCAAAUUCCUAUUAUUUUAUCGAAUUAUUGUGAAGAUGAUGUGUUAAAUAAUAUGGGUGAUGUGAACGAUGAUAUGUCCGUUUCAAGUAAGCAGAAAGAGGAAAUAUAUGAAAGCUUAAAUUCAGACACGGAUACUGAGGAUAAUGAAAUUAUUUUAAUACAUAGUCAUAAGGAAAAAAGAAGAAGUAAAAAUAAAAGAAAACCAACAAAAGAUGAUUUUGAAAUGGUUAACAAUUCUAUAUAUGAUUGCAACACUUCAACUCCGUAUAUAACAAUAAAGAAGUCUCUAUUAUUACAUGAUCUAAUUAUUUGUUUGAAUUAUUUUAAGAAUGAUAAUGGUUUGAAAGAAUUUCUUAUAUUUUAUAAACUAGAUGAGAGCACUUAUAUACUAGAUAUUAAACAGCUGAUAUUACUUUUAAAAACAAAUAGUGAUAAUACGAGUGGUGGUAUAUGCUUUAAAUCUAAUAAUUUUCUUGAUAUAUUCUCAAACGAUAUGGGAAUAGACACAAAUAAUGUACAUUUUCCAGGUGAGUUAGAAAAGUAUGUAAGUUGGAUGCGAUUAAACAACAGAAUGAGCAUUUGUAAAAUAUAUCUUUCUUUAAAGAAUGAAAUAAAUAAAAUGAAAAAUUAUGCAGAAAAUUUAAUUUCUGAAUAUAGAACUAUUAAUCAAAAUACAAAUAUUCACUUCACUAUUUUUUUGAUUUAUCGUAUAUUAAUAUUUAAGAAAAUACUAACGCACACUUAUAUUAUUUAUACAUUUAUGCAACGACUGAAUAAUUCAUUAGAUAUAAAUUUAAAUAAAAAUGAAAAAGACCAAAACAUAGACUUAAAAUCCUUAGAGCCUAUUUCGUCCUUUAAUAUUUAUUAUAAGGACUCUUACAAAAUAUAUGCACCCAAAGUUUUGGGUUGUCCGUUGAUGGUAAACUGUGGACAUAAUGGUACUUUAAAUAAGGAGGAUCUAAACUUUUUCAACAUUUGCUUAAAUUUUUUUUUAAAGCAAAAUACCUAA